UCUCAUAGACUUGUUGCACUAGUAUACUUGGAAAAUAUAACUAGGUACUUGAAGUUUAUUCACGAAAAUUCCCAGUACAUUCCCAAUGUUCUUGGUGCUUUUCUUGACGAAAGAGGUCUGCAUCACCAGAAUGUUUAUGUGAGCCGUAGAGCAUGUUACUUGUUCAUGAGAGUCGUGAAAUUGUUAAAAUCAAAGCUUGUACCAUUCAUUGACGAGAUCUUGCGGAACCUUCAAGAUACGUUGUCCCAGUUGACGACCAUGAACUAUGCAUCAAGAGAACUUUCUGGAACUGAAGAUGGUAGUCACAUUUUUGAGGCUAUUGGCUUAAUCAUAGGGUUGGAGGAUGUCCCAGCUGAAAAGCAGUCAAAGUAUCUGUCUUUACUGCUUACCCCUCUUUGUCAACAGAUUGAGGCAGGAGUUCAGCAGGCGAAAGUUGCAAAUUCAGAAGACUUUCCUGUGAAAAUUGCAAAUAUCCAGUUUGCUAUUGUGGCAAUUAAUGCUCUCAGCAAGGGCUUCAGUGAACGUCUUGUUACUGGGAGUCGUCCUGGAAUUGGUCUCAUGUUUAAGCAGGUUUGUAUAAAAAUAGUUCUUUUUCCUCUUAUUAAUCAUGUUUUGCUUUGCAACCUGUCUUUUAAUGUUUUUGUACUUAAUGCAACUUCAACUGUCGACUGUAUUUAA